UCGUAAUUUAUUAGAAUGUUCACUUCAAAAUAGCUAAACAGAUCAGUAAAAAUCUGUAAUUUAAUCGUUUUUCAGUUUAAAACAUAAAAAAUUAUAAAUAGUUACCCGACGUUUACAGUAAAAUACUGGCGCUGACUUGUUGUUGGCACAAGCUUUUUAUAUUUGUUGUUACGAUUUUCCUUGAAUGUACUGUACUGCAAGCAUAUUUUCCCUCUCUCUUCCGUUUUUUUCCGCAACUUCGAUACAUAGUUUAAUAAUUAGUUAACUGAAAUGACAUUGGGUAACAAAUAUCACUGAUUUUGGCAAAUUUAGGGCUUAAAAACUGGCAAGAUUGAUCAUGCUUGUAAUAAAUAUUCUGUAGUUAUAUUUUCGAAAAUCAACAGGUAAUCCGAUAGUUUAACCAAUGUUAACUUGCUUAUAAUUAAAAUUUAAAAAUUAAAAAGCUGUAAAUUUAAAAAAAAAUAAUUACAUUACUAAAAAAUUAAAAUAAAUUUGAUUAUUUUUUGUGCGAAACAACACCAAAACAAUUUUUAUAGUUAUGUUGCAAAAGAAAGAGAUUUGUAGUUACGAUUCUCUGCGCUGAACUUCUAUAUUUUAAUAACGUAUAAUUGUAAUUUCGUUUGUUGUUUAUUUCUGUAUUUAUUUUAUUUUAUAAGUUUUAAGAAUUCCAAUUUUCGUAAUACUAUGACGUCAUAGGAAUACAAGUGUUAGGUUCCGGAAUUGUCCGGAACUAAAAUAGAAAAACGUAAAAUAAUUUAAUUAUUAGAGAAAAAAAAGGAAUGAACAGAAAUUUUUUAUAGAAACUUGAGGAAUAAUCUAGACCAGGGGUCGCCAAACUUUUUUGAUCGUCGACCCCCUACAACUUUUCAAAACCUCACACCGACCUCCACCAAAAAGUUUGUGUUACAAGCAAAAAAAAAAGCUCUUACUAUUUUAAUAUAUAGGCUAUCUUUUAAUUUUACAUUUUUUACAUUUAUUAUACAUAUGUUAAUAAUAAUUUUUGUAACUGAUAAUCAAUGAUAUGGCCAAUGUUUUCAGCCAAGCUUGAGACAACCAAUGUUUUCAGCCAAGCUUGAUAAUCUUUUGCAAGAUUAUCAAGCUUGGCUGAAAAAACUGGUUCGUUUAAUUAAAAUUUGCUAUAAAAGUGAGAAAGAUGGUUUGUGAUAUGAUUGGCAAUAAUUAUAAGAAUUGUAAUUAAGGGUUAAAAUAAAUAAAUUUUGUCUGCAUUAAGAAAAUUUUAUGCAAAGACGAAAUUUAAUGCAAAAUUAAGUAAAUAAUAAAUAAAAAUUAUUAAAAAUAAUUGUUAAAACUCUGGUCUUUACAUCGAAACCGAAAUCAAAAUGGCGGCAACGAAACUUUUUUUUUUCUUUUAAUGAGUUGCCAAUUCAGCUAUUUUUUAUAGAUUUAGUAGAUUUAUGAACAAUCUAGCUUAAAAAAUCAAACAAUUCUAAUGGAAACAAUAUGAUUUGGUUAUUUUUAUUAAAAUGUCUAGCUGUAAAUUUGAAUUUUGAGUUGGCAACACUACUUUUAAUUAAUGUAUAUCAGUUGCUGAUUGGAUAUCGUUUGAAUAUUUUACGUACUGUUGUGACAAAACGUCUUACGCAUUGCUAUCUGAUCUGGUUCAUCUGUCUUUUAAUAUUAUUAUUCAAGGUUUGUGUUUUUCUACAUUCUUAAAUUAUAAUGGCACGGAAACAAACGAGGUUUAAUCUCCAAUGGCUGGAUCCAGCUAUUCAUCCAGAAUUCAAUUCCUGGUUAGGAACUGUAAAAGAUGAUGAUACAAAAGCAUUUUGCUGCAUUUGUUGUAAAGUUUUCUCAUUAAGUAAUAUGGGAAAGCGUGCAUUAGUAUCACAUGCAAAUAGUUCUAGUCAUGUUGAAAUAAAAAGAUUGAAGUCGGAACAAACUUCACUGAUAAGGUUUUUAACCCCAACAAAUUCAAACUCUUCUGAUAGUCAACAAAAUGUGUGUGAAACGGCUUCUGUUGUGGAAGAUAGAUCUAAGAUCACUAACAAACAGUCUCUCACCAAAUCAACAUUUCUUAGCAGCACAUUGACACCUUUUGUGAUAAAAGAUGAUGUAAUAAAAGCAGAGAUAACUUGGGCAUUGGCAGUUGUAAAGAAAAAGAUGUCACUCAAUUCAUGCUCUGAUAUUAAAAACAUUUUCAAAAAAAUGUUUCCUGACAGUGCUAUAGCCAUGCAAUUUCAAUUGGGUCCAGAUAAAGCUUCCUAUAUAAUAAAUUAUGGCCUAGCCCAUUAUUUCAGAGAAAAAUUGAUUAAUGCUGUUACAAGUUGCGAUAAUAUUACUAUCUCCUUUGACGAAUCACUAAACAAAGUUGCUCAAAGAACUCAAAUGGAUCUUGUGAUAAAAUACUGGGACGAGAGUAAAGAUAAGGUUAUGACCAGAUAUUUAAAUAGUGUCUUUCUGGAUCAUAGUACAGCAGAUGAUCUUCUCUCUGCAUUUCUCAAUGGUCUUUCAGAAAUUCAUCUUGAUCUAGCAAAAAUUCUUCAUAUCUGUAUGGACGGACCAAAUAUAAACAUAAGUUUUCUGAAUAAAUUAGAAGAUCACAUGGAGACACAGAACAUUGGUAAAUCAUUUGUGAGAAUGGGAACAUGUGGUUUACAUGUAGUCCAUGGUGCUGUAAAAGCUAGUUUUAAAGUAGUAGAUUGGAAUUUGUUACCACUGCUACGGAAUUUGUACUACUUGCUAAAAGACUCACCCACUCGGCGUGCCGAAUACAUUGCUAUAAGUGGAAGCAGAUUAUUUCCCAAAAAGUUUGGUUCAACAAGGUGGUUGGAGAAUGGUGAGUGCUUAGAACGUGCAGCAGUAGUUGUUGAAUCUGUGAAGACAUUUAUAAACAACAGUACAAAGUUGAAAGACAGCAAGGUGGCUACAUUCUUGAGACAGGCACUCAAUGAUCCUUUUAUUAAAGUUAAACUUUUAUUUUUUCGGUCUAUAUGUACACAAAGUGAGAGCUUUCUCACCCGAUUUCAGAGCAACAAACCUCUUGCACCCUAUCUUUAUAAAGCAGUUGUUCAAUUAUUAAUGAACCUGAUGAGAAAGUUUGUGAAAAAUGACAGGGUCACCGACAAGCAGUUUCUAAAAAUAGAUUUAAAUGCUAAUGAAAACUUGGUACCUCUGAAGAAUUUGGAUAUUGGUUUUGGAGCAAAAAAGGUUUUAAAAGAAUUGAAAGUAAGUGACAAAGAUAUUCUGUGUUUUCUAAGAGAUUGUCGAAAUGUGCUGAAAGUGAUGACACAAAAGAUUAUUGAGAAGGGACCUGUCAAGUACAAAUGUGUGAAAGCUUUGAGCAGCUUAGACCCAGAAAUUAUUAAAAUGCAAUCAAAUGUUGGAAAAUUGUAUUUCAAUGUUUUACUGGAGGUUCUACAUGAUACAAACAGGAUUGAUGAGAAAUGUGCUGUCAAAGCAAAAGAACAGUAUGAUAUACUCUGCAGUAAAGUGCCCAUAAAACCCUAUUCUACAAAGUUUGAGGACUUCAUAUCUGAAAGGAGUGAUGAUGAUGGUCUGGACACAUUUUAUUGUGAAAUUUUGAAGGAUGAUAGGCAACUGCAAGAUCUAUGGUCUAUUAUCAAAAUUUCUCUUUCUUUCUCACAUGGGAAUGCAAGUGUUGAGAGUGGUUUCUCGGUUAACAAAUCACUGUUGAGUGAAAAUCUUAAGGAAGAAAGUUUAGUUGCUCAACGCUUAGUUUAUGAUGGGAUCCAUUUUGCAGGAGGUAUUGAUCAAAUAAAUAUAGACCAGAAAAUGUUGUUAACAGUCAGAGGAUCUAGACAGCGAUAUAUUGAAUCUCUGCAACAGAAAAAAGAUAUUCAGAAGCAGCAGACAUUGAGGGCUGAAGAAAAAAGAAAACUUACACAACAACUUAAGGAUUUAAAACAACACAAGAAAAUGUUAAGAAAAGAUCACGAAAAGGAAGAAAAAGAGAUUGAAAUGAAAAUAAAUACACUUGAGGAGAAAAGGCUAAAACUACAUUAAUAUAAUAGUUUUUGUGUUUUGUGAAUUGUAAUUCAUUUUUUAUUUUCUAAUUAUCUGUAUUUUGAAAAAAGAGGAUUAAUACUAAGAAGUUUCUCUGUAUUUUGAUUGUCCAUUUUGUAAAAAAAUAAAAAGAUUUUACAAUAAAUUAGAUGCAUUUGUUAGAGAAGCUAUAGUAUAAACUUACACCUAUUCCUCUUUAUGUACAAUCAUUGAUUUUUUUUACGUAGGAAAAAUGCUUUAUUUAAAAAUUUUUAAAUUUAACUUUUUGUUAAAAUUAUGUUGCUGUUUAAAAAA